AUGCCGCCUGCGAACAGUCCGAACCGCGAGCCCACGCCGUCCAGCUUCGUAUCGGCGCUGCGUGGCCUCGAGAGCGCCGUGGACGAAGACGUGCUCAAUCUCGCUGCCACGCUGACGACGCAGAGCGACGACGGCAGCCCAAUGAACGAAGCGCGCGCCGGCCUGCGCUACCUGCGGACCGCGCAAGAGCACGACCAGCAGCGGCUUGAGCAGUCGCGCGAGAGACUGCGCCAGCUCGAGAGGACGCGCGACGACCUGGACCAGCGCGACCGCCUGCGACGCAGCAUGGACCGCCUCGACCGCCUGCAUGAGGCGUCGGCCGCCUCGCCGUUCAAUCCCACCGCGUCGACGUCACAGUACGGCGAGCGCGUGCCGUCGCAGAACAGCCUCUACGACUGGUCCCCGCUGCCGAACGCUGAGCGGGACGACGAUGACGAGCGCAGUCUGAGGGCGCUGCAGUCGCGGCUGCACAUGGCCUCGAACCCCGCGACGGGCGCCGCCGCUGCAGACUCGCUGCGCUCAACCGCUAUACUGCAGGCGGUGCGACGACACCCACGCUUCUCUGCCCGCACAAGAGAGUACCUGCAGCGCCACAACCACGACCGCGACCGCGACCGCGACCGCGAGACGAUGCGAGACGCCGCACGAGAAGGCGCCCAGCAAGCUGCCCGAGACGCUGCCCGAGACGCUGCCCGAGACACUGCCAGCCUGCGUCGAAGCCCCCAGGACCCUUGGGCCGGCGCCCGCGAGCGCUACCAGGCCAGUCGCAACGCGCACUCGCAGUCACUGCCCCAGCCGCCGGCCGUUGCGCCCAUGCUCGAGCACACAGUCAAGUACCUCGCGCGCAUACGGCACGCCAGCACCGUCGACGAGAUCCUCAACUGCGCCCUCGAGGCCGGCUUCCUCAGCAAAGACUACUUCUGCAUACAGUACGCCGACUUCCUCACCAACACCUCCAGCAUACCCCCGCCCCAAGACACCUCCUGGCUCGCUCCCGGCGCCGUCCUGUCAGGCUGUCAGCACGCCACCACCUCCACAUCCGCACCAAACCUCGCCACAAGCCAACUACCGCCCCCGCCUCGACCCUGGCUCAGCACCACCUACUCGACGCCCCGAAGCCGAAGCCCAAGCCGAAGCCGAAGCCGAAGCUCCUUCCUCUCACCCAGCGCGCCAGCACAGAUCGAUCCCCCGCAGCCCCCGCCCCACCAGGACCGCUGGCCCGUCAAAGUCACCAUCCACGCCGUAGACUGGUCGGAGAUGUCCCUCUCGGCCACGAUGGAAGCCUACAACGUGCCCUCGCACCCGCACCAGCACUCUCUCAACGCCCCCAGCCCAGCACAGUACACACGCACAAGCAGCAUAACCACGUACCUCGAAGGCGAGAUCCUGGAUUUCCAUACGCAUACGCUACUGACGGAGAGUUUCAAGAGCAGCGCGGCGAACGACGCGCUGUACUGGAGGAAGUUGCCGCCGUUCAGGGAUAUGGAGGACGAGGACGUGGUGAGGGCGUUGACGAGUAGGCGGUGGUGGGAAGGUCUAAAUAGGGAGUGGGUGCUCAUGCGCUGGAAGGAGAGGUGUUUUGUCAAAUCCCUGCGCCCGAGCAGCAAACUCUCGAGCCAGUCCCCGACACCUGGGCCUCCCAGCGACGGCUUCUUCGCUGCCACCACUACCACCGACACCGUCGACGCUGAGAGAGAAUACUACGUCUACGACUCGCACACCUUUGCACGGCACUCCGUCCCCCCACCAUCCUCCUCGCCCCUAGAGCAUGAACCAGGCCCGCAGUUCGUCGAUGCCGAGCACGCCGCGUUCGAUGAUAGCGGGUGCGGUCUUACGAUAUCGGGCUUCUACUAUGUUUGUCUCAGGAGGAGUGAUGGGCGGGUCGAGGGGUUGUAUUAUGAUCCUAUGAGUAGCCCGUAUCAGUGCUUGAAGCUGGAGAGUGAGGGGAGGGGGAGGUUUGGGAGGUGGGAGUUUGCUUAG